UAGGCGCACGCCAAUGAUUAUCGCCAUCGGCUCGCGAAUCCAAUCGAACCGAACCAAAUCGAAUCGCAGCGCAUCGAACUGAACUCAGUUCAAAACUGAAACUCGAAAACGUUAACUGAAAUUGAAAUUGAAAUUGAAGCUGAAAUUGAAACUGAAACUGAAAUUGAAACUGAAAUUUAAAAAAAAAAAAAAAAAACAACAACAACAACAAAUUACAACAAACAAGUCAUUAGCAUUAGGCAAGUGCACGCGCCUCCAGUUCAGUAUUAUAAGACAUUAAAGCCAACAACUAAUUUAAACAACAACAACGACAACAACAACAACAACAGCCGCUAAAAUGAGCCAAACAACAAAGCACUGCGCGAGCAAGAGACACAGCCAGAGCAACAGCGCCAGCAGAGCAGAACAGAGCUGCAGUUGCAGCUGCAGCAGCAGCGGAACCAACAGAAUUCCGAGCUAUACGGUGCUCCUGGCUGCGCUGGCCGCGCUGCUGCCGUUGUUGCCAUUGACACACGCGCGCCAUCUGCACGAUCAGCUGGCGCUGGGCUUUGCCUACGAGGAUGCGGACAGCUCCAGUGGCAGCGGCGCCAGCGUCGACAGCAGCAGAUCGCUGCCCGCCUGGCACGCGAAUCCCUUUUAUGGCCUGGUGCAGAGCUACGCCGACAGCGAGAAUAGCGAGAACAGCUACAGCAGCUACAACAGCGACAGCAGCGACGACAGCAGCGACGCCAGCAGCAGCAGCAGCAGCAGCAGCAGCAGCGGCAGCGGCAGCAGCAUCUUUGAUGCUGAGGCUGAAAGCGAGAGCAGCUACGAGCAGAUUACACAGGCGGCAAUGAAAGCCGUCAAGCGGGAGCUGCAGCGGCAGCGCAUCCGGCAUCGGCGCAGCCAUGCGCUGCAGUACUUUGCCCGGACGGACGCGGCGCCCGAGUGGGAGAAUCCGUGCGGCGGCGUCUAUCAGCCGGAUCGCCAGCAGCCCAAGAAGCUGAACAUCUCGGUGCGGGCCAAGCGCAAUUAUCUGAAGCUGCUGCGCAACAACACGCUAAUCGAACUGCAAGACAUACGUAAGGCGGCCAAGCUGGACUACGGCGACAUUCAGGCCUGGCAGCGCGAGUACACCUUCCUGCCAAACAUGACGCGUCCCACAAAUAAGGUGAUGCUGCAGACCUGGUACCGCGGCAUCCAAACCUUCGUGGGCAGCUUCGCGUACUUGGGCAAGGCGCACUACAAAUACCAGAAGGAGCACCAGCUGCCCAUUGGCAAGUCGACCGAGGAGCUGCACAAGCUGCUGGUGAGCGCGCGCCGUGUGCUCUGCGAGAUCGAGACGACCAUCAAUGCAUCCUAUCCGAACAGCAAUGUGGCCAAGCUGAACCAGGUUAGCCGGGCCAAGAUGCAGGCCGAUCUGGACUUCUACACGCCCGCCGAUGGCAGCAAGGAGGCCGACAAGCGCGACCUCAAGUUCACCAAGCAGCUGUACUUUCAGUUUCUGGACAACAUGUCCAAGUCGCUGCAUCGGGCGCUCAACAAGCGCAAGCAGCGGCGCCACAGCGCCGAGAGCCAGCCGCACAGCUCGGCCGUUUCCAAUUCCCGCCAGGCGAUCAGCCUGGAGAGCUCCGAGGGCAGCCGAUCCGGCCAGUCGGCCCAAUCGGGCCAGUCCGGCCAAUCAACUGGCACGCGCAACGACAGCGGCUGCUCCAAUUUUGGCGACUGCUAAGCCAGCGGAGCACCAAACUCCUCCUCGAAUUACAUCUGACCUGCAUCCAGUAUUAGCGCCUCCCAGUGCUGUGCACAGUUCCUAGUUGCGCGUGAAUUUGACACCGUGAAUUUGACAAAUGCCAUAUAUUGAGUACACCUCGAACACCAAUCCAACACCACCCUACCCCACCCCCCGAAUGUGACCCCCCUCGCACUGUUCCUCCGCCUCACAGGCCACAUAGAGCUUAAACCUAUUUAUUUAUAUUUAAUAUUUAUGCUAGUUGUAUUUAGUAUUAUAUCCAAGUAUAAUCACAGCUACUUCCGUUGAGCGGAUAGUUAGGAUCACACACACACACACACACACACACACACACACACACACACAUAUACAAGUACUUAUUUAUUGUUCAAGUGACAUUCGUAUGACCAUUUCCAGUUAAUUUCUAAGUCUUCAUUUAGUUGCAUUUCACAGUUACGUGUUAAAGUAGUUAAUAAUUAUUUAUUUAUUUAUUUAUUGUAUUUAUUGCAUUGCAUUGUAUUUUUUUUUUCUUUUUUUUUAUCACCUAUUUAUACACAUCACUUAUUUAAUCGUUGUUCAAUUGCAAGCAUAGAAACAACACAUCAGCAACAACAACAACAACAACAACAACAAAUCGACAAGAAACAAAUGAAAAACAAAAAUAUUUAGAUACGCUGUGAUUUAUUUUAAGUAAUUAAUUACACCCUUUUUUUGAAUAGUUCUUAGUGAGAAUGAAACAAAUGUAAAUUAUUAAAGAGUAUUUAUACUAUAUUUAUGCCACAGCAAAUAUCGAUGCAAAAUGUCAUUCCAAGCAAA